CGUUUUUUUUUAUGCUUUUGUGAGCGAAAUUACCUGUGUUCCAUGUCAUGUGACAUGUGCCUAGCCGUGUCGCACACGCAAGGCUGCUGUCUGUGGACCAAGAUGUAGACCUAAUGAAGUUUCACAACCAAGCGGCCACAGUGUAUAUAUGCCAGGAAAAUUGUCCCUCUUCGUUCAUCUUUUAGCGGCAACUCUGUCGGGACAUCAGCACAGCUGAAAGAAUGAAUUGGCUUGUAGUGGCCCAAUGUGUGGUCUACCUAGCUGCGACUUCCGUACAUGCGCAGUCGUCAGGUAUCACGUUUGAUGCCACCCCCCAAGAUGGCGCCGUGUCUCUAACAUGUGCCGUGUCUGGUACCGGUACUCUCUACUCCAUCUCCAGCCUCGUCAUCGAGAAAGAAAACUCGGCCGACAACUACCAGCUACUACUUAAGUACACCAAAGGAAGUCCCUUAGAGUUCAGCAAACUCCUGACGUCAAGAAGCGUCAAGAUGGCCGCCUCCAGUGGCUCGGCCUCCACCGUGCAGGUGACGGUUGGUGUAGCAGACGGCAAGUUCAGAUGUGUCGUCAACGGCCAGACUAAAGCAGGGGGAACUGCAAGAGGGGAAGCGACUGUGACCGUCUCAUCUCAGUUCAAAGAAGAUUAUGAGGAGUGCGGGUGUGCUGACAUGGUCUCCACGCUAGAGAACAAAUACGACAAGAAACUCAACGAGAUUCAACAAUCUGUCACCGCCACCACCAACAACUACAACAUCGGCGGGGACGGGGGGCUGGGUGGUCUGGAUGGGGAUCAGCUGCUCAGGAGCACCGUUUGGCCGGAGUGGUACUUCAGCCUCCUCCAACCGGAAACCGGCUGCCCUAGCAUGGGCUUCUCCUUCCUGGACUGGAAGACCGACGGCUACCGGCAGUUCCACACCGAGUCCACGUCACCCCAGAACCAGGACAACAUCACGGCCAACGCCCACUUGAAGAAACCCUACCAGCUGAAGACAGGCAACAACAACUUCAUCGUCCUGAGCUUCUGUAGCAUAGUAGGGGCACACCAGGGACCGAACUGGCCCAAUGGCUCCUAUUGCAUUAUGAUGUACGCCGGCGUCUGCCCGCCGGGGUUCCACGACGGCAGCAUUUUCUGGGACGAAGAGAACACGCUGUACUCUGGGCGGUACGGCGGGUUCAUCCCCACGGCGGCGUUUGGCGCCGAUUCCAGAAUCUACUACUGCUGCCGCCGUGACGGCAAGCCGGAGAAACCAAUGUACCUGCCGACAGCGAAGCCGUUCUACCUGUUCCGGUUCGGUGGGGUGUGUCAGCAGGUGGCCAACAUGAAGCUGACCCCGGAGACCGUCGUGUUCGACACGGAGGACACCGGUGGCAACAUUGACCAGUACUUCAGCGAGUACCACCCGGAUGGUCAACUCAACAACGUCGUCCUUGAACUCUGCUAUUACUCCAGAUAAAACCCGGAUAUGUUAGUUACGUCAGAGUUUACUUGAUGUUUAACGUGAUUUGAAUUUGUUCUAAUAAAAUCAGAUCAUUGUAGUAAUUUGUCAUUGUAAUAUUAAGUUUUCAAAAAUAAAAUAUAAACUUAUAUUUGAAAGUAUUUGAUAUUUAAUAUAAGAUUUGAAUCAGUCCAAAUGAAGUCAGAAAAGUAGAUGUUUGUCGAGUAAUUGCAAAAUGUUUUGAAAAAUAUACACAACUUGUAACUAAAAGAUAUUAAAGUAGCUUUGA